ACCUUUUGUCCUUUCUCUCUCUUUUUUUUUUAAUUGUUUGAAUUUUUAAUAAUCCUUAAUGCGACCAAGAGUCUUAAUCGCACUAUUCCUGUUCUUGAUCCUGAUGGGUAUAUUAGGAUUUGCACCGAUUCACCUCCAUGAACAAGUGGAUGACAAGAUUUUACACUUUACAAUUUUUUUUAUAUUGGCGUGUUUCCUUUACUUUAUUUGGAAUCUCUCGGUUAAACGAAAUCUAAUCUUGGCGACAUGUUUGCUACUAAUUUUAGCGAUUGGAAGUGAAUUCAUACAGGGGCUGCUACCAUAUCGUAGCUUUGAUAUUUAUGAUAUUGCUGCUAAUUUAAUGGGUGGUGUCACAGGAAUCAUAGCAUCAUCCACGGUGGACUUUUUAAUCGAUAGAAAACGUGAAAAUAGAAGGAGAUUCGGUGGUAAACGAGAAGCAGAAUACCAAAGUGCCUUAAUGGAAGAAGACGAUGAUAGCUAUAAUUUAGGGAAUAGAGUUUAAAGGAUUUAUUUGAAAAAGAGGGGGAGGUUGGGGGGAAAAAUAGAAUAAUAGGG